GCCGCGGUACGGCGGACGGGAUGACAAACUCGAAACUGCAAACAAUACACCGCCUAACAAUGGAGUUGCUGUAACGAGAAACCCUACUAGCUCAAAAUGGAAAAGAAGGAAUGACUGAUACAAAGACGGACAACGUAUGUUUUUACGAAGUCACAGUCAGUAGUUUUCUCCCUGUCGUCCGGUUCACAUGAUGAGCCGUUUUGCCGGCCGGCUAGCUGCUGAUCGUGUGUCUGUGUGUGGAUAUAGCGAAACGUGCAGACUUGUCGGGAUUUUCCGUAAAUCACUAUAGUCUAUAGUCUAGAGUAGAGGGAAUUUGUCCGUGAAUUUCGUUUCUGGACUGGAGUGGAGAAGAAUCUUCUUUUAAGUUUUGGCUGUGUACAAUACUAAUUUGUGGAUUAUCAACAAGGACCAGUCCUGUGGCCCAACUGGGUCUGAAAAGUUGGAAUAAUAAUGGAGUGCCUUGGCCGAAGACAGAAGGAUCUCUAUUGCUCCGCGAAGUUACUGGAUGAGACAGAAUUGAAUCUUGAUGUUCAGAAAAAUACCAAAGGCAGUGUGGUAUUGGACAAAGUCUACCAGAGGUUGAAUCUACUCGAGGCGGAUUACUUUGGACUUCGCUACCUGGAUUCACAAAAUCAAACGCAUUGGUUAGACCCCAACAAAGCAAUCAGUAAACAAAUCAAAAAUGGCCCACCAUAUAUGCUGUAUUUUGGCGUCAAAUUCUACAUGGAGAAUCCCUGUAAGCUGAAGGAGGAGGUGACAAGGUACCAGUUCUUUCUACAGCUUAGGAUGGACAUGCUGCAAGGACGGUUACCAUGUUCAUUUCAUGCUGCAGCAGAGCUUUGUGCUUAUUCUACUCAGUCUGAGCUUGGUGAUUACGACCCAGCGAGGCAUUCAGAUGGUUACAUCUCUGAGUUCCGUUUCAUCCCUAGUCAAACGCCGGAACUGGAGCAACAUAUCACGGAGCUACAUAAAAAACUCAAGGGUUUGUCGCCGUCUAAAGCCGAGCUAAGUUUUCUUGAGCGUGCACGAUGGCUAGACAUGUAUGGAGUGGAUCUUCAUCCAGUACUAGGAGAGAAUAACGUAGAGUUCUUCCUGGGUCUGACACCAACGGGCGUGGUGGUCUACAAGAGUAAGACAAAAGUGGCUCGCUACUAUUGGCCUCGCAUCUCCAAAGUGUACUUCAAAGACACAGAGUUUACUCUGGUGGUGCAGAAUAUGGAUGGUGAUGAAGAUGACUGCGUCUUCAAGCUAUCUACUCGUUCUGCUUGCAAGCACCUAUGGAAGUGCUGUGUAGAGCAGCAUGCAUUCUUCAGAUUACCCCAGGCUGGAGAUGAACCCAUACACCAAAGAAAACUCUCCUUCUCCGGCUCCAGCUUUAGACAUACAGGGCGCACCCAACGGGAGGCCUUAGAAGCGUCAUCGGAGCUAAGCCGACCCGAGCAGCAAGUCAACCGAGCUCCGAGCCGGAAGUACAACCGUCGUUUGUCGCAGACUGAUAUGUCAUUGAAGAAUGUAACGUCUGACGAUGCGGUGUUUAUAGACGAUAAUAAUCCAUCUAGUCCUAAUGGGAUCCUUCUGAGAUUAUCCCCUCAACCAGCCCACAGGUUAUCUACUCACCGUAGGCAAAGUGGACGAGGCAGUCCAACUUCAGGAAUAAGUACACGCUCUGUACCGUGGGAAGAUGCAGAGCAAGCAAGGAUGGGUCUGUUCACACCACCGGGUAGCUCCCCAGUGUCUGUCCGCAGCUCAGCCUCCCGACAUCGUCAUCGAGCUCGGUCAAAAUCACCCGGUCCGUCUCGUCACCAUGGUGAUAGAUCAGAGAGUGAGUCAGAGGCUGCUUAUAGUUCAAGAAGAAGACGGAGACGAUCUGUCGUAUCAUCAGAUGGAGGUAGUGAUCACGAGUCUCAUCAUCAUCAACACAGGAAAAGAAGAUCUCGGUCUCGAGGAGCAAGCAGUGGUAGUGAAUCUGAGUUCAGUAAACAUGACGACGAUAGGAGGAGAAGGAGAAGGGAACGAAUGGUUAACUCUGAUGGGCAAUGGAAGGCAAGAGAAGAGAAGAAAUCGGAGCGAGGUGAACUAAGAGAAGGUCAAGGUAUCACGGUCAAGAGACUACGAGAUGGGGUUUUGGUUGAUGAUCCCACCGACGUAGAAUUCCAGAAACAUAUCAAGAAGGAUCUGGUGGACCCAGCACUGUACACUGAGGAAGAGAGAAGGAAUAUCCCCUACACAAACGUUGUAACUGAGAGUGCAACAACAAAUGGUCACCAUCGACAUCAUCACCGACAUGGUCAUUCACGGUCAAGAAGCAAGAGAAGUGAAGAUUUCAGCGAUGGCACUGCCAGUGAGCAUUCUACAAGACAUUAUAGGAAACCGGAUGGCACCCCACCACCCCCGUACUCCACAAAUGGAGCCAACCGCCGUAUUGAUCCACCACACAAAGUCAAGGAUUCUCAACUGGAUAGUAGGGGUGAUCCAGAUAGGAGGGAUGAUGUUUUGAUUCAGAAUGGGUAUUUAACUUCAGGCGGAGGGUUAUUUGGUGGUCGGCAGCAAAGUGAUUCAAACCAGAACCAAAGACUUCACAACCAUACAGCAACAGCUCAAUCCAUCCACACUAAUGGAACCCACGAUAGACACGCCCAGAGAUACCCACCCACCACCCAUCAAGGCUCAACACCCACCCUGGGUAUGGAAGAACUGUGUGUAACCCAUAGUAGAGAGGACUCUGGAUUGGGUAAUGAACACGAUUAUACAGAAAGACAAACUACAACCCAGACCCUGAGGCGUAAUGUACUCGACCAAAACGACGAUGACCCUUUGUCAUCAGGUGAUGUUACCGACCUCAGAUCGACCACCCACUCCUCUCAGGUCAUUACCAGUAGGUCAGAGGGUCAUCCUUCUUCGGCAUCUCAGAGCGGAACACGAAGACAUCCGCAUAAUGCGAGAACAGAAGUAACUCGGUCCAAUGGUCAAGCCCCGGCCAGGUCUCAUCAUCUCCAUAAUGGUGGACCGCACUAUCCUCAGAAACUACGUCUUCCGCAUUCAACGAAUAAACUCAGUCAGGAUGUAAUACACAAAGGCCCUCCGUAUAUCCACAACAACAACAACACAGAGAAGCGGAGCGUUCAUUUAUGGUCUGCACCGAUAGAACCCCAUCACUCAUGUAAAACAUCGUCACUGGUUGACGAGAGGGACAUGCACGUACACAAAGGCACUGCUGGGAACCAGGGAGACACUGUUUCGGACGAGUUACCGGACUUCCCUCCUGGGUACAAACCGAGCAGCAGCAGAGGAUUCAAGCGCUACAGUUUAACCACACAGGAGAUGAUUCGAGUCAGCACACUGAAUGGGGAUCAUCAUGACCUGCUGACGGAACUUUGAGUGUCGAGUCACCAGUUUCAUCACUCACUCACUCACUCAUCCCGAGACCAUCGUGCUGGUCAUUACCAUGGUGGAUGCCUGAUACUUCACACGAAGGCAACAAAGACGAUUGCCUCCAUGCCUCCUGGUCAUUGCCUUGGUGCCCUUGAAAUGCUCAAGAAGACAAAUAUCCCCAUAGGGUGACCUUUAAACCAAGGAGAAAUUACCUUGGUGCCCUCCUUGCCCUUUCAAAAACGAAGCAUACCGGCCUGAUGAUGGAUGCCUUUGUUGCCAAGGAUCACCACAGUUCUCUGUCCUACGUAGGAAGGUGGCAAUGUUUUGGCCUGUCAAGUCUAGGAUGUUGUCAGACCAGGACUUCCUUUGUCUGCCUCUUCUUCACUUGCCCUCAACUGUUCCUCAAAAGAUCCUUUUAUUUGGGGUUGGAGGGAUUGUUGAAAACUUUUAUGAAAUCCAUAAAAUGUUUGUGAAUUAUGACCUGUGGGUAGAUUCUAAUGGUUUUAUGGCUCAUUACUGUUUUUGAAGCUGUAAAAUUAUAAGUGUGUGUGUUGAGUUUUCAUGGAUUGUUGUGGCUAAACAUCAUACAAAAUAAAAUCAGAAAGGAUGAUAGGUUUUCAUUUUAGCCUUUGUAAUUUGUUAUAAAACACAAGUUCGUCAUCUGAAUUUAAGAAGUUGCAGCAUUUUGCAAUUAUAGAAACAAUUUUACCAAAGACUCUGUGUGAUUUCAUUAGAGCUAUUGACUUUUGCAGUAUUUGAUAUCAGUUUAUAUUGUUAUGUUUUUCAUAUAAUUAUUGUUUAUUAUGUCUUAAGGAACAAGGUUUGUCAGAAGCGUUGUAUUUUUUUUCCGAUCAUGGGGCCCUUUUGGCAACUACAGUUUUAUAUCCUGCGACGGCUUGGUAGUGUUUUACAGCGUGGUCGUGCUAGGUUUACAGGGCGGAGCUGUUCCUUUGGACUUUUUAGCAGCCUUGUUGAUAGGUUACCGUAUCUCUUUCGGCCCGUUAGUUUUACAUCACGGUUGCCGUAAGUGGACGAGGAGGUCAGUUUACUGUGGGUCCCCAUUGGAUUUAAUUUUGUCGUUCUACAAAAAAGUUGCAGUACUUUUUUUUAACAAAAAUAAGUCCAAUUGAAACAUGACUUUAGUAUUAAUUGUUACUAUUCACAGACAGUAUGAUUAAGGUCUACAUUGUCUUUACGGACAGGAAUCUUAAAGUGUCACUUUAUGCACCUUGUGUACAAUGUCAACAAAAACAAAUACAAAUGUUUUGUAUUUAUUUUUUUGGUAAGACAAGAUUUUGGAAUUUGACUAAUAAAUUAGUCAGAAAAUAUAUUUUUGAUGGAUUGUCCAAAUGUCUAGAUUGCGUUAAUUGGAGACAUUGAGAUGCUGUAUACAUAUUGGGUUUAUUUUGUACCAGCGUAAUUCUGCUGUUGAUUUUUAGUACUUAGGAUAAAUCUAAAUCUGAAAUAAAAUUUUGCAAAAAAGUUGGAGGGUCCAGAGUUCUGAACUUGCUACUAUUACAGCUUGCAUCUUAAUGUGACUAAAAAAGGAAAAUUAUUUUUAGAUUGUAUUGUGUUCAAGUUUUAUCUUUUCAAAUUGGUAUAAAUUUUGUAUUUAAAAUUCGGUUGAAAUAAUCUUGUCUUUCCAGUUUAUGUUUUUUUUAUAUAUAUAACAGCUACAGAUAAAUGAACAAUUUAAUAUAAAGGAUGUUUUCUACUCAAUUAAGUGUUGCAACUUAUGCACGCGUAAUUUUGUUGAAAUUUAAAAAGUCCUGAACAACAAAUGCCAUGUUUUCUUAGAGCAAACCAAAUAUAAAGAACAUUCUACAAGACAUUGACGAUAUUCUCAUUCUGAAUCUAUCCAAGCUAUGGGAUUGGUAGGUAUUUUAUUUAUGAUAACUUUCCAUGUGAGACUGUCUUCCAUGAUAAGACAUACUAUUUGCAUUAAGCUGUGCUUCCCAUGUUCAUCUGUGGUUCACAUGUAGGGGCCUUCAUGUAUCUUAAAGGCAUUGGCCACUUUUGGUACAUGUUACUACUCAAAAUAAUUAUUAGCAUAAAAACUUACUUG